UGUAGACAUUUUUUGACAACCAGUGAGGAGUGUUUUUACUUAUUGGACUGACAAUGCCUAUUUUGUAUAUAAAUAUAAAGUGUUUCAAAAGUGCAUGUAUGUUACAUAGGUAUAGUAAUGAAAAUAUAUGUGAAAAGGGCAUACAAUUUGGUGAAGAUAAAACACAAAUAAACGAGCAAAUAACUUGAAAACUAUUGUUAACUGUAUAGUGUUGGUGUUAAUUUUAGUAAAAUAAACACUGAACUAACAUUUCCUGUGACUUUUGUUGGAAAAUUCCUAAUAAUUCUCACAGAAAAAGCGAAUAGGCCUUCGUCCAAACACUUAUUCUCCUAUUGGGAUACAAGAAUCCGAAAUAACUGGCUUGGUUUUGCAUCUCGCAAAGCCUGAAAUUUAACGUGUAGGUAUAUAUGUAAAUGAUCAGGUUUAUCUAAAGACUAUGGAUAUUCCAAUAACGGUACAUCCAUUAACACAUGAUCCGACGGCAGCUUGGAAAGAAAUUUCAAGGACUCAACGUGUCAUUAAAGUUCAUAUGAGUCAACCACAGACAGAGAAAGGACCUAAUAAAGUCCGUGUCGUAUGUAUGAGUGAUACACAUUCGUUAACAUCUUAUUUGAGAUUUGAUAUACCAACUGGUGAUAUAUUUAUUCACGCUGGCGACUUUACCAAAUGUGGUAAACGUGAAGAAGUUAUUGAGUUCAACAACUGGAUUUCUACGCUGCCUCAUAAACACAAAUUAGUAAUAGCUGGAAAUCACGAGCUGAGCUUUGACACAAAUUUUACAGAAUCUUCUCGUAAUGAAUGCGCUAAUAGCCGGACAAAACAUACUGGCCACUUGAGUCUUGAAAAUAUGCCGUUGUUGGGAAAUCCCCAAGAGGACAUAGAAAUUGCUUUGAAAACAAAAAAUAUUCGGGAAGUUCUAACCAAUUGUACAUAUAUAGAAGACCAAUUAGUAAAUGUAAUGGGCAUCCGAAUAUAUGGUACCCCUUGGCAACCAGAAUUUUGUAAAUGGGCAUUUAAUUUGCAACGAGGUGAAGCAUGUUUAAACAAAUGGAACCUUAUACCCAAUGAUGUAGAUAUAUUGGUAACGCACACACCUCCCGUAGGUCAUGGAGAUUUGUGCUGCUCUGGCAUUCGCGCCGGCUGUGUUGAAUUAUUAACUACUGUUCAGAAACGCGUCAAACCUAAAUACCACGUGUUUGGCCAUAUUCAUGAGGGCUACGGUAUUACUUCAGAUGGAAAUAUUAUCUAUGUGAACGCAUCCACUUGUGAUAUAAAUUAUAAGCCUCAGAAUCCACCUAUUGUAUUCGAUGUAUCUUUACCACGUACUGCACUUAAAGAUAAGCUAUAAAAAUAUUACUACCAAGCAAAAAUAAUUGACGUGUUAACGUUAAAAACAUUUUUACGUUCUAAAAGUGAAAAUCCCACCAUUGGGAAGGCUAUAGUUUUUAAGUUAGUUGAUUAUCAAGUUUGUAAAGUUGCCCAAAAAUGCUCCUAUUUUGGUUUUUUCAGCAAGCAGAAAGUGCUUAAAAAUAAAUAAUAUUAUAUAUAAGUAAAUGAACAAUGAUACAUAAAUAAAAAUACAAAAUUUUUGAUUUUAUCCUUUUUAAA